GUGCCGGGUAAAAGAGAAACGGUUCUAGCAAAGUGAAUUGUAUUUUUGAAAACUACGGACGUCCGAUACUGCAUUGAAAUUCGAAUAGUUUUUAUUUUAUUUGAUUAAUAAUGGCGGACUACGCGAUUCGUACCAGGCAGGAAAGCACCGACAGCUUGGAUUCUUCAACCCCAACAACCGAAGAGUAUUCUGAUGAAGAUAAAGACGAAAUGGAUAUUGAAGAUUUUAACAUUAUUAAGACGAUAGGAACUGGAACUUUUGGCAGAGUUCUUUUGUGCAAAAACAAAACCUCAGACGAAUACGGUGCCAUGAAAGUAUUGUGUUUGGCAGACGUCAUAAGACUGAAACAGGUGGAGCACGUCAAAAACGAGAAACACAUUUUACAGGAGAUCAGGCAUCCAUUUAUUGUUAAUUUAUUAUGGUGUAACAGGGACGACACCUGCAUCUACAUGCUCUUCGAAUACGUCUGCGGAGGCGAACUUUUUUCCUACCUCAGAAACGCAGGAAGAUUCAGCACGUCAACUGGAAAUUUUUACAGCGCUGAAAUAGUCAGCGCAUUGGAGUACCUACACUCGAAAAGCAUCGUCUACAGAGACCUAAAGCCAGAAAAUCUUCUCCUCGACAAAGAAGGCCAUUUAAAAAUCACGGAUUUCGGAUUCGCCAAAAAGUUGACAGACAGGACUUGGACUUUGUGUGGUACACCUGAAUAUUUGGCGCCAGAAAUCAUACAAAGCAAAGGACACAACAAGGCUGUCGAUUGGUGGGCGCUAGGUGUGUUAAUUUACGAAAUGUUGGCCGGAUUUCCGCCUUUCUAUGACGAUAAUCCAUUCGGAAUCUACGAAAAAAUUUUGAGUGGUAAAAUUGAAUGGGCCAAACAUUUGGAUCCUGUGGCGAAGGACCUGAUCAAAAAACUCCUCGUACAGGACAGGACAAAGAGAUUGGGAAAUAUGAAGAGUGGUGCUGAUGAUGUAAAAAGGCAUAGAUGGUUCAAAGGAAUUGACUGGCAGGAAGUUGUCAUGAGAAGAUUAGUUCCUCCAAUUGUGCCAAAGAUAAUGUACGACGGAGACUCAAGUAAUUUUGACGAUUACCCCGAAGGUGAUUGGAAGUCUACGCGGACGUUAGAAGAUUCAGAAUUAAAACUGUUCGAGGAUUUUUGAACGACCGCCAAUUUUUGAUUGAUUCAGCUUCAGUUUUAUUGAGUGAUAUCCACUGUUAGAAUAGACUAUAGCCGUGUUUUUCCUACUAUGACAAACUACACGUUCGCAAUUUUUUAUUUAUUAAUUUGUAACCCCAUUUGUUUGCGAAUGUGAAGAUAUUUGAUGAAUUAUGAAAUAAAAUUCAUCCAAUGAGGAGCCUGUAGAUGACUAGGUGCCCUAAAAUAUUUUUUACAAAUGUGAUACUUUAUUUAUAUUGAGAUAUGCUUAAUUUUUUAUAGAGGUUAUUUGUAUAUAUUACUUGUAUUUAAGCGUGUUUGUAAAACCUUAAUAAUUUUGUUAAUUACUGUAUGUAAACUAUUAAGGCUGUUUGUUAGUUAAUUGCAUCAAUUUUUAUUAACAUUGUACAUAUUAG